AUGAAGAUUGUCGAGUCUCAGUCGGCUGUCCUCACAAACUACGAGGUCUAUCAGCACCUCACCGAGCAGCGCCAGCGCUACAAGCAAGGGAAGCGCCGCGGGCCGCCCAAUCUGGAAACGGUAGUCCGAGAGUUGCUAGGGUACCUGCGCACUCGACCCAAUCCCCUGAGCCAGGACCCGUCCACCUAUAGCCCAGAAUGCAUCUCGCACCUCCUCGAGGGCCUACGCCCCUACGAACUAUCCAAGGGCGAGGUCGUCAUGAUCCUCAACCUUCGCCCUGCCGACGUCGUCGCCCUCAACACCGUCGUCGAGGACAUGGCUGAGCGCUUCACCGAGGAGCAGCAGCAGGAAAUCGUCGACGUCAUUGCCCAAGUCCUCGGCCAGUUUGAAUCCGACGGGGCUCAGCAAGCUGACGAUGCCGCCGACGCCAGUAUGAAUGACGCCGCAACGGCCUGA